GGGGGUUUGUCCUUAUUAAUUCCGUACUUUUUGUCCUCUCUCAAUGGUUUUAUCUACUGCUUCCAAUGAUAUCGAUUGGUGGAAAUCCGCAAAAGUUAGAUACUUGGUUACAUAUAAUUUAAACAUCAACUGUUAAUAUGUUGUGAGACUUGUGGUUGAUAUAUUUCUAGGUCUAGAUUACUGUCGUGCUUUUCAUUUUUUUAUUUUGUGUCCUUUUUUUCUGCUUAAAUAUGUUAACUUCCGACCUAGAGGACGACUAUAUGUGUGAAGAAGAAGAAGAUUAUGGUCUCGAGUAUUCUGAAGAUAGCAAUUCUGAGCCUGAUGUCGACUUAGAAAACCAAUAUUACAAUUCUAAAGCCCUUAAGGAGGAAGAUCCACAUCUCGCCCUUGCAUCUUUUCAGAAAGUUCUGGAGCUUGAGUCAGGUGAAAAAGGUGAAUGGGGCUUCAAAGCUUUGAAACAAAUGAUAAAAAUACAUUUUAAACUGAACAACUUUGAAGAAAUGAUGCAGAAGUAUCAGCUUCUAUUGACGUAUAUAAAGAGUGCUGUUACAAGAAAUCAUAGCGAAAAAUCUAUUAAUUCCAUUUUAGAUUAUAUAUCAACUUCAAAAAAUAUGGAAUUACUCCAAAAUUUUUAUGAAACAACUUUAGAGGCCUUGAAAGAUGCAAAAAAUGAUAGACUAUGGUUUAAGACUAAUACAAAAUUAGGAAAAUUAUAUUAUGAUAGAGAAGAUUUUACAAAAUUGGCAAAAAUACUGAAGCAGCUGCAUCAAUCUUGUAAGACUGAUGAUGGUGAAGAUGAUUUAAAAAAAGGCACUCAACUAUUAGAAAUAUAUGCUCUAGAAAUUCAAAUGUAUACCACUCAAAAGAAUAACAAAAAGUUGAAAGCUUUGUAUGAACAAUCAUUGCACAUUAAAUCUGCUAUUCCCCAUCCGCUAAUUAUGGGAGUUAUUAGAGAAUGUGGUGGGAAAAUGCAUCUUAGAGAAGGGGAAUUUGAAAAGGCCCAUACAGAUUUUUUUGAAGCAUUCAAAAAUUAUGAUGAGUCAGGAAGCCCUCGACGUACAACUUGUUUGAAAUAUCUUGUACUAGCUAACAUGUUAAUGAAGUCGGGAAUUAACCCAUUUGAUUCACAGGAAGCAAAGCCUUACAAAAAUGAUCCCGAAAUACUUGCUAUGACCAAUUUAGUGUCUUCUUACCAGAAUAAUGAUAUUAAUGAGUUUGAACAAAUUCUGAGGACCCAUAGAGUUAAUAUAAUGGAUGAUCCAUUUAUCAAAGAACAUAUCGAAGAUCUGCUCAGAAAUAUACGCACACAAGUUUUGAUUAAAUUAAUCAAACCUUAUACAAGGAUACAUAUACCAUUUAUUUCUAAAGAACUUAAUAUUGAUGUAAAUGAUGUUGAAAGUCUCUUAGUAUCCUGCAUAUUAGACAAUACGGUCCAAGGAAAAAUUGACCAAGUAAAUCAGGUUCUUGAGCUAGAUAAAGAGUCAGGCUAUGGAUCCAGAUACACUGCUGUUGAUAAAUGGACCAAUCAAAUUCAGACUCUCCAAUUAGCGAUCACGAACAAAAUGGCAUAGUGUGAUUAAAAUUCCUAUCUUAAUACAGCUUUUUCUUUUUCCAACAUUUCUACACAAUUUUUUUUUUCAAAAUUGAAGCUCAAUAAAAUGUUUACUAUUUUUAUGUAAAAAAAAAUGAAAAAUGUGUAAAUUAAAAAGUGACUUGUUUAUUUUAAAUUCCUUCAUCCCUUUUUAUUGUACAUAUGUAUGUAUAUAUAUAUAUAUAUAUAUAUAUAUAUAUAUA